AUGGUUGAAUCUCAGCUCGGUUAUGCGGCUUUCCUGCCGUUCGUCUGGUGUUUCUCCGGCUGCGGCUAUUGGUGUCUCCGGUUCUCUGCGGGUCGUCGAGAACAGGUCCCUCUGCUCCGUAGUCUAGUGUGCUCCGGAGGCGUUGGCUUUUUCUUUGAUCUUGUCUCGAUUAUAAUUGCUCUGGCUCCGCUGACACCGGCGUCGGGUUCUCUCAGCCUGGUUCUAGAGGCUGUCAGGUUUGCAGCGUCGAUGAUAUCGGCCCGUUUCUUGCUUGGGUCAGCAGAGUCUUGUGCUUUGCUUGGCUUGUCUGUUUGUGUAUUUGUUGCGGUGGGAUCUUUUCCAUCUCUUAACAGGGGAAGUAGGGUCUCUUUACCGACUUGUUAUUUUAUCGGAGGCUGCGCCUGGAACCUGGUCACAGAAGCUCUAAGGUAUGUUUAUCGGCCUCCUCUUUUACUCUUUCAAGCUUCAUGGACUACAAAGGCUUCGGUGAGGAGGAGAGUGGGAUGCUUUUAG